AUGGGUCGGUUUCGGAUCAUCCAAAGUACCCGAUACAAGUCCAUUUUCCUGGCGUUUUCCCCUCGCAUUCCAGUGUCUGCCAUGUCUGAUACUCAUUUGCGGCAUGAUGUUCUUUCCAGAGAGUCCUCGGUCGAAAUUGAUCGCGCGGAUGAGGCAUUGGUGGUGCUGAAGAAACUACACUUCGACGGGAGUAACUCUGACUGGAUACAGUCGGAGUUCAAUGAGAUAAAACUGACUAUAGAUGCAGAGAGAGCGAUAACUGCUCCGGGCUGGCGAGUCAUGUUUACUGUGCCAGUUUGGAGAACCCGCCUCAUGCAUGCUACUUUAGUUCAAUUUUUUGGUCAGAUGACUGGAAUCAACGUCAUUGGAGAUCGAAACUUGCUCGUCACCAGUAUCUACAACGUUGUCGGACCUAUCUUCAACCUCGUAUUUAUCGUCUUCUUCCUGGACAAAGUUGGACGCAAGAAACCCUUGAUCUUCGGAACAAUUGGCAUCAGCCUCGCUCUCAUCUGUGAGGCCGCACUCGGGUCACAAGUCGAUAGUGCGACUGGAUCGCGCAGGGCUGGCAUCUCUGGUGCGGGCGUCUUCUUCUUAUUCCUGGUGUCCUGCAUAUUCAGUGUUUCAUUUGGGCCUAUAUCAUGGGUAUAUGCCUCCGAGAUCAUGCCGCUGAGCAUCCGUGGUCGUGGCUCAGCUUUUGCGACGGGUGUAGGAAAUUGGUUAGUGGGAACUGUCUGGUCACAGGUAUCCCCUAUCGGUCUCGGCAAGAUUACCUACAAGUUCUAUUUCAUUUUCGUAGCGUUCAAUCUCUGCGUUACACUACCGACUAUCUGGUUCAUCUUCAAGGGAGAUUUGCUGUUUGGCGAUCAGGCAAUUGCUACACAUAUGCUGUCUGAUGAUUUGGACGACAAGGAGAAGCAGAUCGAAAUGGAAAGAAUCGAGGACGCAAAAAGGAAGCUCGCUGCUACUAAUGUGACUGCUGUACACUAG